AUGUCUUGCCGCAACUCCUGCCCUGGAAACUGCAGCUCAGGAUCUCCCAGAAAUUCCUGCCACGUUCCUCUCAACCCUGCUGUUGCCCUCUGCUCUGCCAGUGUAAGUGGUGGGGAGAUCCUGUACUUACCCAGUAGCUGUCAAGACAGCACCUGGUUCACCGACUACUGCCAAGGGCCAUGUGAGGAGUCAACCAGCUGCCAGCCAGACACGUGUGGGCCCAGCCAUGGUGGGGCCGCCUGCUGCCCUUCCACUGGUCACAGGCCCUGCCACGGAGGCAAUUUCCUUCCUGCUUCAACCUUCAUCUCCAGCUCCAGCAUCCCAGUGUCCUAUAGACCUGUGAGCUAUGUGUCCAGCAGCUGUCGUCCACCGAGUCCCAUGAUCACUACUUUCCAGCCUGCAGUCUGUGUGUCCAGUGGCUAUCGCCCCAUACCCUGUGUUUCCAGCCCUGGCCAACCUCUGAGCAUCCUGCCUUAUGGAUGUCAGUCCUCCGGCUCUGUGGUCUAUAGACCUCAAACGGUUCAUGUGGUGACCAGUGGCCUCAGGCCAGUGCAGCCUCUCUCCUCGGGCUGCCGCCCUGUGACCCAUGUGGUCAGCCCUUGCCACGCAUCCUGCUCUGCACAGGGAAGCCGCUAG